GUUGGGCCUGUUACGUACCCAAGGCCGAGGCCUCAGCGCGCAUUCAGCGCGAAGCUGAGAAGCAGGCUCAGGCUGAGGGCCAUCUCAAUCUGCAAUCUGCAGGUCAUAAAGCAGGUGUAGUCUUUGCUUAUUUCAGAUCCGUAAAGUGAACUCAUUUUUUCAUAUAUUUCUUUGGUAGAGUUAUAACCAUAUGUUUUUGGUGGGUCAAUAUCAUUUGUGCUCGUGACGUAACUAAAUUCUGGCUUCUGAUCACUUUUACCAUUCUCGCUAGAAUCGCUUCUUGUAGAGUAAUGGAGCCAGUGAAGCCACGUCCACGUGCAUCCCGACUAACUGAUCUGGACCUGGACAACAUUUGAAGGAUUUAAGAUGAUUCAAGAACCAUACAUUGACAACUUGGUGGCAGACUCUGGAGCCUUCCUCCGCAAUGUGCCACUCCAUCACAUGGCCAAAAAUGUGCUCACCGUUCCCGAGGUCGUGUCAGAAAUUCGCGACAAGGCCACUCGGGAUCGGCUUCAGGUUCUGCCUUAUGAGCUGAAGCUCAAAGAACCUAGCGAUGAGUGCAUCAGACAGAUCUCUGACUUUGCGCGCAAGACGGGCGAGCUGCGAUUUCUCUCCGCCACGGACGUGCGCGUGCUGGCGCUGGCACUACAGGUGACGCGCGAGACUGUCGGCGGUGGGCACAUCCGUCUACUGCCAGCCGCCUCGCGCACCGACACCAAGCUGUACCACCCGAGAGAGCACAAACUCGGCCAGCUGCCGGUCGGCUUCGUGGAGAAGGUUGGCGAGCUCGCUGUGACAGAGGACGACGAGAAGGCCAGAGGUGACGGCGAGCAGGUCGGAACGGGAACUGAUGCGCAGGACGGUGACAAGGUGAAGGAUGGGGAUGGGAAGGCUCCGGCACCCGGUGGCGACGAGACCGCGGGAGAGAGGGAGGAAGGAAAGAGAGGAGAGGCAGAGACAGAUGACCCCAACAGCGAGGAGAUGUUUGACGCGAAGGAGGACCCUGAGGAGGGCGACACUGAUGAGGAUGCUGAAGAAACUGAGAUCAAAGAGACAAAAGAUACAGAUGCGAUUGAGUCACAAGAGGGAGACGAGGAGGACGGCGAUGAGCAGCAGGAGGAAGAGGUAGAGGAGGAGGAGGAGGAGGACGAGGACGAUGGUUGGAUUACACCGGGCAACAUUCAGGCCGCCAAAAACGAGAUGAACGCUCAGGCCGGUGAAGUUGAAGAGCCCGUUAAGGUGGCGUGCAUGACCACCGACUUCACGAUGCAGAACGUGCUGAAGCAGAUGAACCUGGAGCUGGUGUCGAUCGAAGGACGAAGAAUCCGAGAGGUGCGCCGGUUCGUGCUGCGCUGCUUCGGAUGUUUCCAGGUCACCCCGCACAUGGACAAGACAUUCUGUCCCUGGUGUGGCAACAAGACGCUGAAACGUGUCUCUGUCACGCUCAGAGCUGACGGCUCGCAGGAGAUCCACAUCUCAACUCGAAAACCAAUCAGCAAGCGCGGCACCAAGUACUCGCUGCCGUUGCCGCGCGGAGGGAAGUAUUCGGUACAGCCGGUACUGUGUGAAGACCAGCCCCUGCCUCAGCAGCGCGCCACGGCACGCUCUCAGGCCCGAAACGCCAUUCUGUCGGACGACUUUGUGCAGGGCGGCUCGCCGUUCUCACUGAACGACGUGAACUCGCGAGCAGCUCAGCUGGGCAGGAACUCUCGGUUCAGGCAGGUGCCCAACUGGGAGCGGCGCAACCCCAAUGCGCGCGCGCCGCCUACCGGCAACAAAAAGAAGCGCAGGAAAUAAUCCGCCCGGUAGGUGUCUCUCGCUGCUGGGAAUGUUGUGUUGUUGAGGGUUUGUGAAGGGUUAUGCUGAUUGCUGAAGACAUGCUGCAAAUGUCGUGUGUUUUUGUAAAAACAUUUUGAGCGUGUUUUUGGUGAUGCGUGGUAAGGUUGGUAGGUUGCACGCACAUCAUUAUCUUGAGGUGUCUCGCAGUCGUGAAUUAAGACUCGCGAUAUGUAGUGGAGAGUCUGUCGUGAUGAGAAUAUUCGACUUGGCACCGGCUCAGUCUGUUAGGCCUGUAGUUUUCUGUUUCUAUAGUCAUUCUACAGUCGCUAGACAUUGUUUGCCGACUAAAACCGUCAAUUGCAAUCAUUGCAACCUUUACAAAAAGUGCUUCGCAGCACAAAAGAAGACAAAAUUUUUAUUUAAUCUUUGUCGUUUUACGAAUAGAGGUAUACUGGCUAAUGCGAUCAUUUUACGGUGAAAGCUCAUUAAACUAUAACUUUCAUGCUUUUUGUUUUACCGUCGCGUGCAGGGUAGAGUGGAGGACAUUUAGCUAGUGCUCCCGGCAAUUUUCACAUUUUCAUGGGCGAGUGGUCCGAUUGUCUAGUAAAGCUAAGUUGCGUCGGCGAGGUAUGCACCACGGUAUGGACGAGGUAUAAGUUGCGUCGGCGAGGUAUGCACAUUAAGCAAUGGAUUGAUGACGAUUAGUGUUCCUCAGUCUCGAUACAAUACAAUGUUUUGUGAGA